AUGGGGAAUGUUAAAGAUUGGAUGUAUUUACCUUCAUGGUUACCUGAGUUUGAGUUUGAAUCUGGUGUCAAUGAAUUAAUGAAGAACUACAAACCUCUUGAAGGUGGAAGUGAUGUUGUAGAUCUUUAUAUGAUUGUGAUGAACAAAGAGAAUGAUGGAUACUGUCGAAUUUAUGGUAGAGGCGUUACUAAUAAAUUGAUAAAAGAAGCGGGUUGUGGUGAUGCAUCAUGA